UCACUACAAGAUGCCAAUUGCUGAAUACGUGUACACAGAACAUUUCAGAGAAAUGAACGUAGCUCAAGAUGUUUAUUCGUCAUUUACAGACAAGAAGAACUCUAACGAUCAAUUUUUGUACGUACAUGGAUUACUAAAAAGAAUAUGAUUGGUUACCUACAAAGUGCGAUGGUCAUAUUAGACUAUCACAGGCGCAUCGACGGUGGAGAAAACGGCUGAAAAAAAACCUUAAAAAACAAGGAGUAUUUAUAAAUAUGGAUUGUACCACGGCAAAUAAAAAUAAUGAUACGUCUGAUCAAUAUAGAUCGCGUGGUAAUGAAGCAUUUAAAAUUAAAAACUAUGAGGAAUCGCUAAAAAUGUAUACUCAAAGUAUAAUGACUGCAGAAAUUGACUCUCUCAACUUUGCUUUGUCAGUGGCAAACAGAUCUGCUGCUUUAUAUUAUUUAGAAGAGUAUGAGCAUAGUUUAAAAGAUAUUGAUCAAGCAUUUAAAUCCAAACGGUAUCCAUUACAGAAUAAUUACAAGUUAUUUGAAAGAAAAGGAAAUUGUUACCGUCAGAUGAAUCAUAUCUCCAUUGCUUUAGAAUUGUAUUCGAAUCAACUGUUUUUAGGUGAAAUACUCAUUAUAGAAAAGCCUAUUGCUGGUGUAUUUAAAAAUAGUAUGUGGAUGUUCAACUGCAAUUAUUGUUUCCAACGAUGUUUAUCAGCCAUACCGUGUUCCAAAUGUUCACAGGUUGUUUACUGUGAUGAGACAUGUCUACGUAAAGCCCACACCUGUUAUCACGGUAUAGAAUGUUCAUUAGUCUAUCCUCUCAAAGCGGACCCUACUAUUGAACCCACUCACGAUCUGGCUUUACGUUGUUUUGUUAAGCUUAUAAAUUUAAUGGGUGUCGAACAUUUCUGCUCAAUGGUACGAAAGUAUAAUGAACCAAACUUUAGUUUUGACAAAAACAGCAAUAAUUGUUUUAUGGACAAAACGUUCCACUCGAUCUACGCACUGGGCGGAAACGAGACCAAAAGGACCGUAUCCAAUUUAUUUUUCAUGCAUUGCACUGCGUCAAUGAUGGUGUCUCUGUUGUCGUUAAAUGAAUAUUAUGAUAUACCGUCAAAUUUAUUAGGCACUGUUGGUGUAUCUUUAGUCCAUUUGCUGUGUAUAGCCAACUUAAACUCGUACGCGUCUGUAGAGCUUUCCAAGUACAUCGGCAAGAGCAGUAAUAAUAUCUCGAAUCGACCAGCUACUUAUGAUUCCGUCGCUCUUGUUCUAUGCUCUGCGUACAGUUUGAUAAAUCAUUCGUGCGAUCCAAAUGUGAUUGUUCAAACGUAUAGUGGUGUGGAGGUGACUCGGGCAAUACAACCGAUUUCAAAAGGAUCUCAACUAUUUAUUGAUUAUGGCGUCAAAUUUUUUUCACACGGCAAAGAAGAACGUAUUACACAUUUAUUUGAUCAAUACCAAUUCCAAUGUCGGUGCCAGGCUUGUACAAACGAUUGGCCAAUCUAUGCAUCGCUGGAACUCGAUGAAUUAUUUAUUAGCAAUGGUCCACUGAUUAUUAACGACGAGGACGGCGACAACCACCUUAGUAUUCCAAAAACGACUUUAUCCAAAUUCAAUGAAAUCGUAGAUUUAUUGUUAAUACAUCACAAGAUAAAUGUUGAUUGUUUAGAUUUUUUAUUUUCAUUUUUAGAUUUAUUAUACUCCAAUUUUGAAAAACCAUGUACCAUACACUAUAAAUGUAUUCAAUUAGUCCAAGCAUGUAUGUAUUACACUUCAGAUCAAGUACAGUAUGCCAUUGAAUAAAGAAAAUAUAAUAUAAAACAUUUUAUAGAUGAUAUAUUUUUAAUAAUAAUUGUAUAACUCAUUCGAUCCCAGACCCCGGUGUCGGACCAGCCAUAUUUUUGUUGAGGUGCCCCGAUAGGUACUUUGAAUAUUUGUUAUUGAAUAUUUUAAU